AUGAAGUCUCUAUCAUCAUCCCUCUUCCUGUCGGCUCUGUUGUUGGAGCUGCCACCAACAGCAGCAGCCACAGCGACUGGAACUUGCGCAGGAAUCGCAACGCCAUGCGGCGAUAUCUACGGAAGCAGACUCUGUUCCGGAGACGACAUGUGUGGGACCGUCUAUCGAACGUGCCAAAACGUCUGUGAACGCCAGGGGGCAUCGGGCUACAAUUCGCCUUGUGCCUGCUUCGAGGAGCUCCAAACAUGUAAUGGUUCAGAUUGUGACUACGAGGUAUCCUGUUUCGGAGCCCCAGAUUGCUCGACUUUGGCAAAUCCGUUGGAUUGUUUCGCUACCCGAGGCUGCAAAUGGUAUCCGAAGGGUAACACACCACCAAUGUCGAUGCCAAAUCCACCGUCCACCAUAAUUGACACGGAUCCCGAGCUGUUUUCACCGCGCUACAUGGAUGUGAGAACUUACUUGAUUGAGCAAGGUAUUUCCAGCGAGGAGGACCUUGACACCAAUGGAUCACCCCAAAUGAGGGCACUGGUUUUUAUUGCAGAGGAGGAUAGCUUGGAACUAAGCGUCCCAACAGGAGGUUUAGACACUGUUGAUGGGUAUCAGUUCAUGACAAGAUAUGUGCUGGUUACUCUUUUUUAUGCAACCACUGGGCAGCUAUGGACCUUUGGCCUGAACUUUUUGUCGGGUGCGUCCGUCUGCUUUUGGUAUUCCGUCCUGCAGUAUCCCGACCUCAGUACUGAACUGAGAGGUGUUUUCUGCGACCAGGAAACAGAAGAAGUUCGUGCGCUUUUCUUGAACCAAAACAGCUUGGAAGGAUUUCUUCCUUCUGAACUGGGGUUGCUGACUAGCUUAAUCGGCAUGGAUUUUGAUAGCAACAUGUUACGCAGCACCAUACCAGAAUCAUUUGAAGGUCUCACAGGUUUGGAGACGUUCUUUGCGUCGACGAAUGAACUUUCUGGGGAGUUCCCAGCUUGGAUUGGUUCGUGGCCAAAUACUACGAAUAUCAACCUUGCUUUCAAUUUUUUGCAAGGGUCGUUGCCCUCCACCAUGGGUGAUUUGCAUGAGCUGGUAGGAUUGGCCAUUGACAACAACUUCUUGUCCGGAGGACUGGAUGAAAUAUUUGACACCUCAGUCAACACAGGUUUGAGGAACCUUGAGCAGAUUUAUGCUGAAAACAACCAAUUCACCGGCAUUCUAGGUGAGAAUUUCCUGAGGGCUGCUACCAAUCUGCAAUACCUUGAUGUUUCAGAUAAUGAGUUUACAGGAGAGGUUUCCAGUCAUCUCUUUGAAUUUCCAGAGUUGCUGGUCCUUGACUUACACGACAAUAACUUUGACAGUCUCCCAUUGCAAUUUCCACAAAACUCUGCCUUGGGGCUGUUGGCCUUACAGAAGUGUGACUUCAAGGACCAGCGAGUCCCCUCCUCCAUUUCCAAUCUGAGUGGCCUUCUUCACCUGGACUUGUCUCAGAACCAGUUUACAGGAGUUAUCCCUGAUGAAAUUGGAGACAUGUCAAGUUUAACAUACCUUUUCUUGGCAGACAACGGCUUCCUUCCAGGUCCUAUUCCCAGUUGGAUAGGAGGCCUUGAUUUGGAAGAGUUGUCCCUGAAGUCCAAUUUGCGAACCGGGACCAUUCCAAGCUUUCUGGGGGGGCUGAGCAACUUGGUCCUCUUAGACUUGGAUAACAACUUUUUGGAGGGAGAGAUCCCUGAGUCGCUAGGGUUAUUAAAUGACCUGCAAGUUCUUCUUUUAAACCGGAACAACCUGAUCAGUACGAUUCCUAAUUCGCUAGCCCGGUUGAGAGAGCUCAGAGUACUGUACUUGGAAGGGAACACUGAACUCACGGGAGACAUCGGGCCCAUACUAUGUGACAAUUUAUGGCUUGAAAGUAAUGUUCCGAUCAUCGUUGCGGACUGCAAUCUUUGCGAUCCACAUCCCGGCUGCUGUUCCUUGUGCUGUGAACCCGGAGUGGAGUGCAACAACGGCACUUUUGUGCCUGACAUGGACCCGAUCUGGCAGCUGGGAUACCACAGAGUGCACUUUGCUUUCAAUCGAGACGACUUUUUGGACAAGGAUCGCAACAUCACGUCGUUUGAAGAAGUUGUGGUCGACACAUCCAAGUCAGCGCCAUGA